GACACCACCUUUAUCAUACUCACCACCCCAGAAUGGAGCUCUUCUUCUUCGUUCUAAUUUCCCUAUUCUUGAUUGCUUCCAUUUCUCUUGGCAUUAGGUCCUUCGCUUAUAAAACCAAAGAAAAAGUCACUGGCACCGGGCCAACACUCCCUCCAGGAAGUUUUGGUUGGCCAAUAAUGGGUGAAACCCUUCAAUUUUUGGCUGCAAACCGUGAGGGAGCUAUAGAUCAUAAAUUUAUCUCUAAGAGAACAACCAAAUAUUCUUCCAAAAUAUUCAAAACUUCUAUUUUUGGUGAGAAUUUCAUUGUUUUUUCUGGUGCUGCUGCAAAUAGAUUCAUUUUUUCAAACGAUAGCAAGUUCUUCAUACGUUGGUGGCCUCCCUCAUUUCAAAAGCUUUUCCCCUCCAUGGAAUUUGUACCCAUUGAGCAUGAUGCUGCCAAGGGCAGGAAGCUUAUGUCCUUGUUCUUCAAAUUCAAUGAGGCUCAAAAAUUAGUGGCAUCAAUUGACUCAAUUUCAAGAAACCAAUUAAAGAAUAAUUGGGAAGGCAAAAAUGAAGUCAAGGUGUAUCCUCUAGUAAAAAUGUACACAUUCACAUUAGCUUGUCAUUUAUUUUUGAGCAUCAAUGACACACAAAAAGUUUUGAAGCUUUUGUACCACUUCAAUAAUCUAACCGAUGGCAUACUAUCGGUACCUCUAAGCAUCCCCGGUACACCAUUUCAUCGUGCAACCAGAGCGAUGGAAUCUCUUAGGAAAGGGAUUUAUUUGAUUAUUAAGGAGAGGAGGGAAGCCUUAGCAAAGAACUUAGCAUCUCCAACACAGGACGUGCUAUCACAGAUGAUUGCUGUGCCAUUUGAUGAUGGAUUCAUGACGGAAUUGGAGAUUGUAGACAAGAUUUUGGCAAUUCUAUUCGGGGGUGAAGAGACUACCACUGCCACAAUCACUUUUGCUAUGAAAUAUCUAUCAGAGAUGCCUCACCUCUACAAUGAAGUUCUUAAAGAGCAAAGGGAAAUUACGAGGUCAAUGAAGCCAAGAGAAGUACUACGUUUUGAUGACAUUCAGAAAAUGAGAUACACUUGGAACUUUGUGAAUGAAGUUAUGAGGCAUAUACCAAUUGUUCAAGGUGCUUUCAGAGAAGUCAAGGUGGAUAUCACUUUCGAAGGUUAUGUCAUUCCCAAAGGGUGGAAGCUAUAUUGGGGUGUGGGUUCUACCCAUCAUAACUCUGAAUACUUCUCAGAGCCAGAAAGGUUUAAUCCCAUAAGAUUCGAAGGAAAUGGACCUUCUCCUUACACACAUGUUCCUUUUGGGGUAGGACCACUAAUGUGCCCCGGACAUGAGUAUGCUAGAUUGACUAUUCUUGUCUUCCUCCAUUACGUGGUGAAAAUGUUUCAAUGGGAACCAAUUCUCCCCAAUGAGAAAAUGAAAUUCAAAGCAGCGCCUAUGCCAGCAGAAGGGUUCCCAGUUUGUCUUUCUCCUCACCAGAUUUAAUAAGAUUUUUAUAAAUUAUGUUCGACUUAGGUCCAGUGUCCUCUGUACUAAACCCAAUAAGAUGUUGCCAUGUGCUCAAAAAUUGCUAUGAGGCAACAUCCAACCUAUAUUUUAAAUUUAAAAAGAAAAUAAGAGAGACAUAAACUAUGCUAUAUUUUUUAUACUUGGUAUUUAGCAAGUUAGGUGGAUGUUAUGUUUUUGUUUUACUAUGUUAUUUUGAAUUUGGGUUGAAGUAUAUGCACUUCUUUUGAAAUGUAAAGAACUUAUUUCUAGAUGGAUGGUACUAUAUUAUGGACUUAAUUUUUAGUAAGUAAUUUGAUGUUAUUUUAAACUCUUGGACGAUGAGUUUUAAGUA